GUCAUGCCACUCAGUUGAUUAGUUGAGGUUUGCCGGAGACAAGCAAAAAGUAAUUCUUCUCUCAUAAUGGCUGGAAACUUGAUCGGUACGAUUCCGGAGUUCCACGGUUCCGUUGACGAUUGGAACGUGUACCAGGAACGGUUGGAACAGUUCUUUGAAGUGAAUGAUAUCCCCGAAACGAAGCAAGUUGCGCUGUUGAUCAGUGUCAUCGGUGGGGAUUCUUAUAAAACCUUGCGGGACCUUUGCAAUCCAGUGUUACCGAAAAAUAAAACCUUCGAUGAGUUGUGCACCCUCCUGCGGAAGCAGUACACCCCUCAGGUGGCCAUAUUCCGCGAGCGAACGAACUUCUACAACGCCCGCCAGGAGGGUUACGAAAAUGUGACUCAGUGGUACGGUCGGCUGAAGAAGUUGUCGGUGGACUGCAAAUUUGGGGAGACUCUGGAGGCAAUUCUGCUGGAUAAGUUUGUGACCGGGUUGAGGACGGGCCAGAUUAUGGAUCGGUUGUGCGAGGAAAACGAAUCGCUCAAGUUGGAACAGGCCCUGGAGCUGGCCGUGAACAAGGAGUGUGCCAUCAAUGGCGCCAGUUAAAUGUGAUGAGGGGGGAUUUUGGGGCUGAGCGAGUGAUUGAAUGCGUGCAACACAAAAACAUAGAGAGUAAGAGAGGAUAGAAGUGUUUUAAUUAUUAACGGAGAAUGUUCGCCAGAGUGUAUUAUUUUCCUACCUUAGCAUCUAAGGUCACUGCUGUUAGAUAAGAAGUUUUUAGUUAUCUGGAGAUUUAGUUUAAUAAAUUAACCACAUGAAACGGAUCAAA